UUCGCUUCACUUGUCGAGUUUUUCUGUUAUUUCAAAUCAGUGACCGCUUCGACAAUGUCAAACGUGUCUACACCGUCUUUUUCUUGCACGCCUCGACGCCAUUUUGAUAAUUUAACCAAUCAAAUGAUUGAUAAACAAAAGCGGAUGUGGCUGUUUGCCAUGACGGAACUCUUCAGA